GUUUCCACAUUAAAUUAAAGAGAGAUUCAGUUACUAUGAAAAAGGAAUUACUCGAGUGAAGUGAAAAAAGAGUGAGUAAUUAAGAAGGUGACAAGAUCACAUAAACGCAACAACAUUCACAAAAAGCCAAAAACCAAAACAGCAACAAACAACACCGUUUUUAUUUUUAAAUAUUAAUCAUCGUCCUUCACGGCAAAAAAAAAAAACAUGAGCACCCCAAGAGUACGAGGUGUUGGGAGAAAAAUAAUCAACUUUGGUGAAAUAAGUGGCAUUGCAUAUUCUCCAAAAGGAUUAAUGCAGAAACGCAGAAAAGUUCCAUUGGGGAUUUUAUUAAGGAGGUUUCUUGGUGCAACGAUUUUCUCAAUAGUUGUCACUACUAUUUUCUUUGUUCACGUACAUGUAUCCACUUCUACAACUCAUCGUCACGAUCACAAGUUCAAUCACAAGAUUCCCACGUUUCGUGACCUUCAAAGCUGGACCCGAGAGCUUGCUCCACCCCAUUUAUCAAAGGCUCUACUCUCUGCUCCCAAGUUAAAUGAUUCAAGAGGUGAUCCAGACUAUGAGACUCUAUGGAAGCCUCCACCAAAUCAUGGAUUUCAACCCUGUACAAAGCCUACUCCUGAUUACAAAUCUUCUGCGAAUUCGCGAGGUUAUCUUCUAGUGCAUACAAACGGCGGACUCAACCAAAUGCGUGCCGGGAUAUGUGAUAUGGUAGCUAUAGCUCGCAUCAUAAAUGCCACCCUAGUGAUUCCAGAACUUGACAAGAAGUCAUUUUGGCAAGAUAAUAGCAAUUUCUCUGAUAUCUUUGAUGAUAAGAGGUUUAUUAGUUCUCUUGCUGAUGAUAUAAAAAUCAUUAAGGAACUUCCCAAGGAUCUGGCUAAUGCAAACAGAAUGGUGAAACAAUUCAAAAGCUGGUCUGGUUUGGAUUACUAUGAAAAUGAGAUUGCUGCUCUUUGGGAUAAUUUCAAAGUUAUUCAAGCUUCCAAAACCGAUUCUCGAUUGGCAAAUAACUAUCUACCUCCAGAUAUUCAAAAGCUUCGAUGCCGUGCUUGUUAUGAAGCUCUUCGUUUCUCUCCUCGCAUUGAACAAAUGGGAAAAAUAUUGGUGGAGAGGAUGAGGUCAUUUGGUCCUUAUAUUGCGUUACAUUUACGUUACGAGAAGGAUAUGCUUGCGUUUAGUGGCUGCACGCAUGAUUUGUCAACUACUGAGGCUGAAGAAUUAAGGAUUAUCAGAGAGAAUACUAGUUAUUGGAAAAGAAAGCAUAUUGAUCCCAAAGAAGAAAGGUCCAAAGGGCUUUGUCCCUUAACUCCAAAGGAAGUUGGAAUUUUCCUUAGUGCUCUUGGAUACCCUACAAAGACUCCAAUAUAUAUUGCUGCUGGGGAGAUAUAUGGAGGCGAAUCCCAUAUGACUGAAUUGCGGUCGCGCUAUCCAUUUUUAAUGAGCAAGGAAAAGUUGGCAUCUAUUGAGGAGCUUGAACCCUUUGCUAAUCAUGCGUCUCAAAUGGCUGCUCUUGACUAUAUUGUAUCGGUUGAAAGUGAUGUAUUUGUACAUUCUUACCCUGGAAACAUGGCACGAGCUGUCGAAGGUCAUCGCCGUUUCCUUGGGAGAGGAAGAACCAUAUCUCCAGAUAGGAAAGCUCUUGUUCGUCUGUUUAACAAACUGUCAAUCGGAUCAAUGACUGAGGGGAAAAAGUUGUCUUAUAUAGUGAAUGAUCUCCACAAAGGACGGGUUGGCUUGUUAAGGAAGAGAAAAGGGCCUAUUCCUGGAACAAAGGGAGUGGACAGGUUUCGAUCAGAAGAAACAUUUUAUGCAAAUCCUUUACCUGAUUGUUUAUGUCAGACAGAAUCAACACCUUUAGUGUAAACUUUUUCCUUCAUAAGUUACACUUAUUGGUGAAAGGACGACUCAUAUAACACAAUCUGAAAGAAAGUUCAGCUGGAAGGUAUUAUCAGGCCUAGUGUAUAUAUAAAGAAGGAAAAACAAUUAGAUUAGGUAGAAGAAAAAGAUGGGGGAUUCUUUUUUAUAUACGAAGUUGGUCAUGGUGACAGCAUGAGAUUCUGAUAUUAUGGGGCUUUUGGAAGGAAAAUUCAUUCAUUCUUUAUUUAUUGAUUUGAGUGAGCAUCACUUUUUUAUGUACAAGAGUAGAGUUGUUGAAUAUGGAUGCGUUAUUGCAAUUUUAUUUAUUUUUUGAAAAUUGCAAUAUUGUAAUUAUACUUUUUGAUUAAUCUUGCGUUAUAAAUCGUUCCACAUUAUUUUGUUCCUUGGAA